CUCUAUGCAGCAAGGAAGACAUACACAACUUACACAAUGAUUCCGAAUUAUCGGGAAACGAGGACAGACAGAAAACUUCGGUGUCGAACGACGCUCUGGAACAAAUCCAUCCAAGAGAUAAGGACAAGCAAGUGGAAAUUGCUCAGCGCCGAGGCAGACGACAGGCGGUUAUUGAUGAGAAGAAUCUCUUCGGGGAGGAUGAAAUGGAAAGCCAAGAGUGUAUUGCAAGCGGGGACAAACAGAACCGACAGUCCCCCGAGCCCCAUGUCCCUGACAGGUCGCCGAUUGUUCCUGCGACCACGGUAUUCCCAGAAAAUCAACGAAGAAUGCUAAGAAAGCAACACACUAUUGCUGAUCUGAGUUCCAGGGUUCAACCAGUAAUUAUCCCUCAGGAUUUCGAUCCAAAAAGAAGAGCUAACGUUUUUCUGAAG